CUCUCUCACCAGCGAGUGAAGCGGCCACAGUGAUAGAAGAGAGAAAUGUUGGCAAACCCUAACAAUAGCAGAUUGCACUGCCCUAAGCCCUCCCAAUUCCUGCACCCACAAAGGCCCAAAUGUUUUCUCUUCCCAAACUGCCCUCGUUCCCCCUGCUUCACCAGCAAGUCCAAGUUUUGCAAUUUGUCCCUGCUUCUGCCCAGAAAGAGUGGCAAGGGGUUUGGUAUCAGAGCUUUGGCCGAGCCCGGAGUUUCAACGAACGGUCCUCAGGGCUACCCUCCCCCAUACUCUGUCAAAAUCCCUGUUGGUGAUAGACAUAUUUUGGUUGAGACAGGUCAUAUUGGGAGACAAGCCAGUGCCUCUGUUACAGUGACAGACGGAGAAACCAUCGUUUACACAUCUGUUUGUUUGGCUGACGUUCCAAGUGAACCUUCGGACUUCUUCCCCCUUUCGGUACAUUAUCAGGAGCGCUUUUCGGCAGCAGGUCGAACUAGUGGAGGCUUUUUCAAACGAGAAGGAAGGGCGAAAGAUCAUGAGGUUCUCAUUUCUAGAUUGAUUGAUAGGCCUUUGCGUCCAACUAUGUUGAAUGGCUUCUACCAUGAAACUCAGAUACUUUCUUGGGUUCUGAGUUAUGACGGUUUGCACUCUCCUGAUUCUUUGGCCGUUACAGCAGCUGGAAUAGCAGUGGCUCUUUCAGAAGUUCCAAACUCAAAAACCAUAGCAGGAGUACGAGUUGGUCUCAUUGGUGACAAAUUUAUUGUGAAUCCUACAACUAAGGAGAUGGAAGACUCGGAGUUGGACUUAUUGCUAGCUGGCACAGAUAAUGCAAUAUUGAUGAUAGAGGGCUAUUGUGACUUUCUCCCAGAGGAAAAGUUGCUGCAAGCAGUAGAAGUUGGGCAGGAGGCCGUACGAGCAAUUUGCAAUGAGGUGGAAGCUUUGGUUAAGAAGUGUGGAAAGGCAAAAAUGCUUGAUGCAAUCAAGUUACCUCCCCCUGAGCUAUAUAAUCAUGUUGAGGAAAUUGCCGGUGACGAGUUGGUUAGAGCUCUGCAGAUUAGGGACAAGAUUCCUAGAAGAAAAGCUCUUUUGUCAUUGGAAGGAGAAGUUUUGACUAUCCUUACAGAAAAGGGAUAUGUUAGUAAGGAUGUAGCUCUUGGAGGCAGUGAAACAAUACCAGAUAUAUUUGAAGAUGAGGAUGAGGACGAGGAAGUGGUUGUGGAUGGUGAAGUAGAUGAAGGUGAUGUUCAUAUAAAGCCUAGUUUACGAAAGUCAACUCCCUUGUUCUUUUCUGAGGUAGAUGUGAAGCUGGUAUUCAAAGAAGUCACAUCCAAAUUUUUGCGGAGGCGCAUUGUGGAGGGUGGAAGAAGAAGUGAUGGGCGUUCCCCAGAUGAGAUACGUCCAAUUAACUCAAAAUGUGGACUACUUCCCAGGGCACAUGGAAGUGCUCUUUUCACACGUGGAGAAACACAGUCAUUGGCUGUUGUUACACUCGGUGAUAAGCAGAUGGCACAGAGGAUAGACAACCUAGUAGGGGUAGAUGAAUGGAAGAGGUUCUAUCUCCAGUACACAUUUCCCCCAUCAUGUGUUGGGGAAGUUGGACGGAAUGGAGCACCUAGUAGAAGAGAAAUUGGUCAUGGAAUGCUUGCUGAGAGAGCUCUUGAACCAAUUUUGCCUUCUGAAGAUGAUUUUCCUUACACUGUACGUGUUGAGAGCACAAUUACUGAAAGCAAUGGCUCUUCAAGUAUGGCAUCUGUUUGUGGGGGAUGCUUAGCAUUGCAAGAUGCUGGAGUUCCGAUCAAGUGCUCUAUAGUUGGGAUAGCGAUGGGUAUGGUUCUGGAAACUGAGGAAUUUGGGGGAGAUGGUGCUCCACUGAUUCUCUCUGACAUAACUGGAUCUGAAGAUGCAUCUGGGGAUAUGGAUUUUAAGGUUGCUGGAAAUGAAGAUGGUGUAACUGCAUUUCAGAUGGACAUAAAGGUUAGCGGGAUUACAUUGCCUGUUAUGAGAGAGGCACUCCUACAAGCAAAGAAUGGCCGGAAGCAUAUUAUUGCGGAAAUGUUGAAGUGCUCACCUCCUCCUUCAAGAACGCUUUCUAAAUAUGCGCCACUGAUUCACAUAAUGAAGGUCAAACCUGAGAAAGUAAACUUGAUCAUUGGUAGUGGUGGGAAGAAGGUGAAGAGUAUUAUAGAAGAGACUGGAGUAGAUGCAAUUGACACGCAAGAAGACGGGAUAGUGAAAAUUACUGCCAGGGAUUUGGCUAGUAUAGAAAAGUCUAAAGCUAUUAUUACUAAUUUGACAAUGGUUCCAACAAUUGGUGAUAUCUACAGGAACUGCGAGAUCAAAUCAAUAGCUCCAUAUGGAGUAUUUGUGGAAAUAGCACCUGGGCGAGAGGGACUUUGCCAUAUUAGUGAGUUGAGUUCGAACUGGCUGGCAAAGGCAGAAGAUGCUUUUAAAGUUGGAGACCAUAUUGAUGUUAAACUUAUUGAGGUAAAUGAGAAGGGGCAACUUCGCCUUAGCCACCGAGCGCUACUUCCAGAUACAGAUCCAGAGAAGGCCAGUGCAAAGCAGCCUACAGGUGAUGCCAAAGAUGUUGUAGGUUCUCAAGAAACAUCUGACAAAGGUUUACCUAAAAAAAUGAUUAGCAUUCGAAAGGGGGACUUAGCUGAAAAUAUAAGCUCGCCCAAAAAUAAUACAGCAGAGAAUACUUUGCUCCCACAAAAGAAGUUUAUCCGGAGAUUAGUCACCCCUGCCAAAGAUAGACCAAAUAUCAACAAAGAUAAGACAAAGAAGAGCAGCAGUGAAGUAGUCAAUAGCGUCUCGAGCAAUGGGGAAAAUACUUUAGUGAAUGGAGAGGCUAACAUUGGAUAGUAAGGAUAUUUCCUUCUUGACCUACUGACGAGGAUAAUUUGUUGGUCCUGUUUGUCAUGUUGAAAAAUGAUGGUGCAAUGCCUAGAAACUAACAGGAAGAAAUGGAAAUUGUUUAUUAGGACGUUCCACCGAAAGGUUCAUCUCACAUGCAAUGACGUGAAUGUGUCACAUUCUGCAGCGGAACCUGGUUAAAUGUAACUACAUCAUAUGUUCUUUAAGAAAGGGAAGUAUUAUGGUCUUGGAAAAUUUGCUGAACCACUGAUUCUUACUGGAUCAAGAAGAGCUCCAUUGUGGUGUGGGGUAAAUUUCCUUGCUAGGUGCUUGAGAGUUUCUUUUGCAAUAGAGGAGGAUGUCAUGGUGCUUUUUUUGCUCAGAUUAUUUUUGGGGCUAAUAUCUAAGCAAAGCAUUCGAUAAUGUCAACCUGAUAGUUUCGUUUUUGUUGGCUAUUGCUGAAGCACAAUUUUUUUGAUAAUAUGUUGUAAAACAUCAUAGUUGAGCUC